ACGUCAAACCACCGUCAAACAAAAGUGUCAAAAGAAUCUGCCACAAGAUUAUUGGGUUCGGAGUUUUGUUUUCGUUUAUAAAAUUAUAUGAAAAGCUAAGUCAUGAACCUUGUAUAAAUAAAUAAUGGAGAAUACUAGAGUACUGUCGGGAGCAGCUUUAGUAGCGAAAGGUAUUACUAAAAUAGAAGCUUCCCUGCCUGAAAUAGGGUUGAAAGAUGUUGCACCCAAUGGCUCCUGGUUGGAGCAGAAACAAAUACAAGCUGCCUUGGAAGCUAGGAAGUAUUUGAUUGAAGUUGAGAGGAUUGAGAAAUGCGGAGUCCUGAGCCAUGCAAUUUGGCGAGAUGAUCUGAAGCUUGCUGAAGUCACACAGAAGAGUGGUGGACACUGGCAGUACUUAGGUCAUAAUGUUGGCAAAACUUUGUUUCUUAACCCUGAGGAAACACUGUUCUUAAUGGAAACUAACUGUCUACAACUAAAGCACAAUGAAGUCACAGUAUCACUACAAAAAGCAUAUUCUUUAUUACUUGAUUCAACAAAUAGGAUACAAUAUCAGGUGUAUGCAUCACUCAGUAGGGUAGGCUACAAAGUAUUCAGACAUGUAGGUCCUAAAUGGAAUGAUGAAACUCCCCAAGAAGUUAAUAAAGUAAGGGAUCAUGGUAAUGCAACAACCACUAGUCAACUUGAAGAUUCACAAUCUACCAAUGAUAGUAUGUCAGAAGAUACUAGCAAUUCUGAAAAUAAAGAUAUUAAAACAGUUGAUGAUAACACUAAAAAUGUUGAUUCUUUAGGAACUAAUAAAGCAAUAGAAUCAGAUAAUGUUGAUACAUUAGAUAGUGUUCCAAAUAGUUUAACAGUAAAUACAGAAAUUAAAACUGUUGUUCCCAAAGAUGCUAACAUGUCUACAGAAACUAAAUUAACAAAAGUGAAUAGUGGUGAAGUAAGUAAUAAGGUUGUUGAAAUAAGUAAUAAUCCUGUAGUUAGUGAAGAUAGUACUGAGAAAUGUAAUGCUAUAAGCGAAACAGUAGUAGAAAAAGAAUCUCCUAAUAAAAUGGAUGUAGACGAUGAAGUAACAAAGACUGCAAAUGUAAGGACUGAACCUAAUGAAGAGGUUUCUUCUUCAAGUGAUACCAACAUAAAUAGAAUGGAAGUUUCUACUGAACAUGUUACUGCUACUGAUUCUGGAAUUGUUGUAAUGGAAAUCAGCGAUGAAAAAAUUGAAAUCAGCGAUGAAAAAAUUGAAAUCAGCGACGAAAAAAUUGAAAUCAGUGAUGAUAAAAUUGAAAUCAGUGAUGAUAAAAUUGAAAUCAGUGAUGAUAAAAUCAAUGAAGAUACUUCGCCGGUUCAAGUAAAAAAUAGUGCAGGAACUUCCAAUGUAUUAGUGGAUCUUGGAACAGGUAAAAAUAAAGAUGAUAUUAAAGAAAAUGUAUCAAAGAACACAGGCCUAGGGGAUACUAAUUACUUGCAACAAAACAAUUCAGUUUACGUGAGCAAAAUAGACAAAAUGAGCAAAAGGCAAAUGAAGCCUAGCAACUCAGGAAGUAUACAAACAUAUUUCGAGAAUAUUCCUGACCUAUCCAAACAACGCGUGUUUGCCAUCAAUGUCCCUGAUCAAAAGUUCAUCCCGAAAAAUGUAUUUGUAAAUAAAGAAAAUUACGUACUGGAUAUGCAGAAUAUAAAAGCGAGAUCACGACGUUCCGCGUCAUCAGACGCUUCUUAUUCAAGUUCCGACGAAGUCAAUGGAAGGAAUAUAAGGCGCAUUAGAAGCGCCUCUGGAACCGAACUAUCUCAUAAUCAGCAAUUUUACCCCAACAUGCGUUUCCCCAGGUAUCAAUUCAGACCUUACGGUUUCUGGCGCCCGCAAAAUAACAUCAACUUUUACCAAUUAAUGUUUUUCCAAGCACGUUUUCAAUAUAAUCAGAGGCCACCUCCUUUCUCGAGAACUUUUGAUUUUAUCCCUCAUGUAAGUAACGCAAGGAAACGCGGUAGACUCGCUAACAUGGCGCACUUCCAAGCUAUAAGGAAUGCAGCUGUUCGGCUAAAGCAAAGUCUCAUCUCUGGUAUCACGGACAUGCGGAAACUUGAAGAGCUACACAACAUUCUACACUCUUACAACAUGAGAUACAAAGCUAGAUUACGAUUGAGUGAAAAUUUUGAUGUCAUCAAUGAUGAGAAAAUUGUUGAAACAAUAGAGUUAGAUGAUGAUGAAGAAUCAAAAAGUAAAAAACCAAGAUUAGAUGAUGGAGAUGACAAGUUUGAUGAGAAUCUGUACAGACUGAAACAAUUAGCUUUGAGACUGAGAGAUCUGGAAUCAAAGAACAAAGCAACAGCUUCCCACAGGCGAGCAUUAUCCAAAGCGAUCAAAACAUUCAAUCAAUCUUACAAAGCAGAUAUUUACUUAGACAGUAAUAAUUAUGAAAUCAUUGAUAGGAAAUGUAUAACGCUUGAUUCUAGUUCAGAAUCUGAAUGUGUGGUUGAAAAAGCACCAGCACCGAAAAGGAAGAAAUUAAGAAAUCCGUUUAAUAUUUUAAAACGGCGCACUGAGAAGUUAGCAGCCCUUAAUGGCCCAAGCACUAGUCAGGCUGAACAUAGCUUCGAAAUUAGUUUACCAGAGUCUGGAAAAGAAGAAAAUAACAAAUAUAGUGAACAUAUACUUAAAACGUUUAAUGAAAAAUGGCUGCCAAAAGAAGACGAUUUUGGAAGAGCUGAAAUUGUAUCUAAAUUCGAUAUGAACACGCGCCUUUUAAUUAACAGCAAAGAGCAAUACUUACAAGAAUUUAUGAAAGACCAAUUUGGUCAAUAUUCCAACUGGCUAGAGGCCAAAAUAUCCUUUCUUAAGUAUUUAGAAGAAACUAAUAUUGCAAUCAAUAACGAGCGGGAACGAUUAUUAGCCGAAUCAGAUGUAAAUACGGGUUUGAAACCUUUAAUAGAUUUUGAGGACAGUACCGAUAUGUCGAAAGCACUAGAAAAGCUAAGAAUUAUAGAAAAUAAUCGAGACACAGAUUGUGAAACUAGUCUGCAAGUGGAUUUCGACGUAUACAAUAGAGAUGUACAGAAUUAUAGGAAAAGGAAACCACCAAAGCCACAUUUUAGGAUUGUUUGUUUAGAAGAAUCGGCAGGAGUCCCAUCAGCGUCGCAUGUGAUGGCCCUACAUUCAAAAUACAAGGACGAAGUACCAAUCGUAUUUGCAAUAGUUGGCCUAGGAUCGGUCUCCUACAUACAACUCAAUCCUAUAGACUUGCCCAUCUAUGUUCCAAGCAAUGACUUAGUAUAAGCUUAGCAGUAAGUUGUAUAAUAAUAAUAAUAUUUUGUACAAAUGUAAACUAAAAUAUUCAUAUAAAUUGUAUCAUAAUGUGAUUGCUUUUCUUAACGUUUAUGCUUCCAUAAAAAUGUGUAGCAGUUUCUCGUAAAGACUUCAUUAAACUUUUUUGUGUAAAACUCCAAAAUAUUUUAAAGAGUAUUUAACUUACUUGAUCCAUACCAAACAUGGUUGAAUUUAAAAUAAACUAAAACUGAAUGUAAGAAGUGUGACUUGUUACAUGUUUCUGUAAUGUUUUUUUUAAUCAUGUCAAAGCUCUAAUUUUAUAGUAACUAAUAACAAUCUAUUAGUGUUGAUGAUGAAAUAUGUUUAAUACAAGAACAAAGGUUGGUGUCGAGUAGUUCCACUAGGUCUGAUGGUCCAGUACGAGAUCGAAAUGAGAGUGCGUUCAGUACUAUGAUUGGUUGGUCCAUUCGCACCGGCCAAUCAUAACAUCGAACGCGCUUUCGUGUAGGUUUCGUUCAAAGUAAAGCAAACUUAUACUAAGGGUUCAAAUUUCAAUGAAAUCAAACAUGAAUGAAGUCUAGACAACGGAGCCCCACUGUACACCGCUAUAAACUCAACUUUUCUUUCUUUUGACUUUGUUUCGCUCCUAUUCUAAGCUACAGGGUUUAAUAGAACCGAACUAAUGCUCCUAUGUUCUGUAACUUGAGUUGACAAAAAAAUCUAAUCUAAUCUAUUUUCUACUUUUACUCGCACUCCAAAACCAGUAUCAAAAACUAGUUUUCACGUAAAUAUUGUAUUUGAUCAGAUUACUAUGUUUAUGGUACUUUAAUCUGCAAUAUGUAAUUUAUCGGGAUUAAUAUCGGAGCCCCACUAAAAUACUCACGCCCGAAUACUCAAACACUACACAAUUUUAGGUUGUACUUAAAUAUCGUGCUAUCUCUGUCAUUUUACAAAGAAUUGAUAGUGACAGUACUACAUUUGAGAGCGUCUUAAAAUUGAGUAGCGUUUGAGUAUUCGGGCAUAAGUCUCUUUGGCUACAGCAGGGUAGAUGUGAUAAGGCAAAGUGGAACUACUUGGACUUUCAUUAAAUUCAAACAAUGUAAAGGAUGUACCUAAUUUAUUCAAAGUAAAACAUCAUUUAAUUGCAA